AUGUUCCUGGAGGUCAGUGUGAUGAGUGACCAUCAGGCAGCGUCCAGCUCUCCUGACUGCCCUCAGUGUCCCCAACACAUCCUGACAGGGGCAGAGGCAGCCGUGUCCUACUCCCAGUUCUGUGAAGCAUUUGGCUUUCCCAUGGGGCCCUCGGGGGCCAGGGCCCUGCGGCUGUUCUAUGAGCUAUGGGGCCCCAGUGGGACCUUAUUUCAGAGGGGUCAGGCUAGAAACUGUCUUGCACAAGGUCAACACCCUGAGCCCCUGCUGUUUGACCAUCAGGGCUACUUGUCCUCAGUACUAGAAGUGUGUGAGGAAGUGAGCUACAUCAUACUGUACUGUAACAACACGCCGUGCCAGGAGUGUUCCCAGACCCUGAUCUCCUUCUUGCUGCACUAUCCAUGGGUGCGCCUGGAUCUGCUCUUCUCCCAGCUCUACCACACAGCCCCCAGCCAGACCCACAGUCUGGACAAUCAAACAGGCCUCCGCAGCCUGGCUGCCCUCUGGCCUCGACUCACCCUCAGCCCCAUCUCUGGAGCUGCUUGGGGGCAUCUGCUAAGGUGUUUUGUUAGAGAUGUCCCACCGUCGGCCCUACAGCUCCCCCUGCUGCCUGAGAGAGUAGAGGCGGACAGGGUUAAUGCAAUUCACAUAUCAGCUAUUACAGGUAUAGGCCCUGCCUUUUUGGACCUCCCACUGAGGACAUACACAGAGCCUGUGGAGAGAACCCACACUCCCCAAGCGCUCACCCUGCUCUCUCCCCCACACCUGAACACAUCCAUGCACAUCUCCACACCCCAACCUAGGGUAGUUCAUGCCCCCCUCCCAGCCUAUCUUCACCCUAUCAAUGUGGUCAGACAUGUCAGGAUGCCUCCACCUUGGAGGGGUCAACCCCAAUCUCCUCCCUCCUCCUCUGGGUUCUUCUCCCCCCUGCUCUCUCUGCGGCUGCCUGGGCGUCUGGUGGAGAUAGUGCGGGAGGUAGAGAAGGAAGUGCCAACAGCAAUCAGUCAGUCCCAGCACAGAGACUCGAAAAGAGGAAGAUCCAGAAGAAAAUAG